CUUGCCCUUUUGCAACCCCGUACUAUCGAAUCAAUCGUGAACAAGUAGCUAUGGCUGUCAGACCAAACGUCCUCAGCGCGUUGCGGCGUUUCACCUCUUGUGAUGUCGGCGACGCCCUCGUCAAGCUCGGAGUCCCUCAGGGCGGCUAUUUAUCCGGUCUCAAAAUGUACUCUCCGGAGUUCAUGUCACCCACAGCAAAGUUCCUCGGCCCGGCAUACACAGUGAAAAUGGUGCAUGUCUCGGACAAGGUUUCGCCAACGCCUAAGAAACGUGGUGCUGCCGGAGUUAUCAUUGAUGGCAAAUUUCGCGAUAUCAAUGAACACCGGGAGCUGGGAAUGACCCUGUUUGCGCGCGGCAUUAGCAUUUUGGGAUCCAACUCUUUCACUCGUUCUUCUGAAUUGGAUGUACCAGUUACUUAUGAGAACUCAGAGAAUGGGGGGCAGGUUGUUAUUAAUCCUGGUGAUUAUAUCCUUGGAGAUGCGGAUGGGGUGGUUGUCGUUCCGCCUGAAAAGGCAGAAGAGUGCGUGCGCCUUUGCCAGGAACGCUUUGAUAUUGAUGAGGAGACACGGCGUUGUUUGGAUCAGGGUGAUGAAAUAGGGAGCACUAUCAAGAGGCUGAGGAAAUAA